AUGGGUGGAGUCUACGGGGGGAGUCUACGGGGGGAGUCUACGGGGGGAGUCUACGGGAGGAGUCUACGGGGGGAGUCUACCGGGGGGAGUCUACGGGGGGAGUCUACGGGGAGAGUCUAUGGGGGGAGUCUAUGGGGAGAGUCUAUGGGGGGAGUCUAUGGGGGAGUCUACGGGGGAGUCUACAGGGGUCGUCUACAGGGGGAGUCUACCGGGGGGAGUCUACAGGGGGAGUCUACGGGGAGAGUCUAUGGGGGGAGUCUAUGGGGGGAGUCUACGGGGAGAGUCUAUGGGGGGUGUCUACGGGGAGAGUCUAUGGGGGGAGUCUAUGGGGGGAGUCUACAGGGGGAGUCUACAGGGGGAGUCUACAGGGGUCGUCUACCGGGGGAGUCUACGGGGAGAGUCUAUGGGGGGAGUCUAUGGGGGGAGUCUACGGGGAGAGUCUAUGGGGGGAGUCUACGGGGAGAGUCUAUGGGGGGAGUCUAUGGGGAGAGUCUACCGGGGGGAGUCUACGGGGAGAGUCUAUGGGGGGAGUCUACGGGGAGAGUCUAUGGGGGGAGUCUACGGGGAGAGUCUAUGGGGGAGUCUAUGGGGGAAGUCUACAGUAAGAGUCUAUGGGGGGAGUCUAUGGGGGGAGUCUACCGGGGGAGUCUACCGGGUGGAGUCUACCGGGGGAGUCUACAGGGGAAGUCUACGGGGGGAGUCUAUGGGGGGAGUCUACGGGGGGAGUCUACCGGGGGAGUCUACCGGGGGUGUCUACGGGGGAGUCUACCGGGGGGAGUCUACCGGGGGGAGUCUACCGGGGGAGUCUACCCGGGGGAGUCUACCGGGGGGGAGUCUACCGGGGGAGUCUACGGGGGGAGUCUACAGGAGGAGUCUACGGGCGGAGUCUAUGGGGGAGUCUACAGGGGGUGUCUACAGGGGGAGUCUACAGGGGGAGUCUACGGGGGGAGUCUAUGGGGGAGUCUACGGGGGGAGUCUACGGGGGGAGUCUAUGGGGGGAGUCUAUUGGGGGAGUCUACGGGGGGGAGUCUAUGGGGGGAGUCUACGGAGAUUAAGGUAGCCCUAACGGAGACUGGAAACACAGAAUGGAGAGAGGAGGAGAGGAAAACAUUGUACUGA